GCGUUCAUAUAUAUACAUAUGAAGAUUCAUAGAAAUCACAAGAACCAAUCUCCCCUCUCUUGCCCCCAUAUUACACCAUCCCUCUUGCCCCAUAUCAUGAUGACGUCAUCCCAUCAGAGCAACACCUCCAGCUUCAAACCACGGAGGAUCAAGACUAUGACGAAGCCACCACGUCAGAUCAAUAACAAAGAACCGUCGUCUCCGGCGACGACGCAGCCGGUCCUGAAGUGUCCGAGAUGUGAUUCAGUCAACACCAAAUUCUGCUACUACAACAACUACAGCUUGUCUCAGCCACGUCACUACUGCAAGAACUGUCGCCGUUACUGGACACGCGGAGGCGCCCUCCGUAACGUCCCCGUCGGUGGCUCAACCCGAAACAAGAACAAGCCUUGCAGCCUCCACGUCAUCUCUUCUCCUCCUCUGUUCUCGAACGUGACUACGUCAUCGUCUUCUCGAGAGCUAGUAAGAAACCAUCCUUCCACGACGACGAUGAUGAUGAUGAGUUCCGGUGGAUUCUCCGGCUACAUGUUUCCGUUGGAUCCUAACUUCAACCUUGCGUCUUCUUCUUCUAUCGAGUCUUUGAGUUCUUUCAACCAAGAUUUGCACCUGAAGCUUCAACAACAGAGACUCAUCGCUUCCAUGAUUCACCAAGAUUCUCUCCCGGUUAACGAGAAACCGGUUAUGUUUCAGAACGGAGAGUUGAUCCCUCCUUCGAAGGAUUGGGGUUUCGAUAGAUCCGCCAUGGGAGGAGGAGGAGCAACAAGUGGCAGUCAUGGAGAUAACGGUGAUGGUGAGGGAAAUUUGGGGAAUUGGUACCAUAAUGCUAAUAAUAAUGCUAUGCUCUAAUUAUCACUACCAAUUACCAUUAUUAGUCUCUAAUAUUGUAGCAAGCAUGCAGAAGCUAUGGAUGAAAAAACACUAGUAUUAAUUUUCCCUUUGUUGUAAUUUUUAGCAUAAUAAAUUGCUUAAUUAUUUCCAAGUUAGAAAAAAA